UGAUGUGAUAAUGAAAAAAAUUUCGUUUUCUUCAUAGACCUCAGGACUCAGGACUUAGGAGUGAAUAAAUUAAAGUUUAGAUUUUUUAAAUAAUAAAUUAUACAAGGCUCUAAGUAUGGACAAUAAAGUGAACGACUUUGUCAACAAAAUGGGAGCGGCCAAAGGUCUGAGUUUAGGCAUGAAACUUGUCGCUGGUGUUGGACUCGUUGGAUACGGUUUGGCUAAUUCCAUGUUCACAGUUGAGGGUGGUCAUCGAGCCAUCAUGUUCAAUCGUAUUGGUGGUAUACAAAGAGAAGUCUACCCUGAAGGAUUGCAUUUUCGUCUUCCAUGGUUCCAAUACCCAGUCAUCUUUGAUAUUAGGUCAAGACCUAGAAAAAUCUCUUCACCUACAGGUUCCAAAGAUUUACAAAUGGUUAAUAUUUCACUUCGUGUAUUAUCCCGACCAGAUGCCAUUAAGCUACCAGAUAUGUACCAACAUUUAGGUAUUGAUUAUGAUGAAAAAGUUCUGCCUUCAAUUUGCAAUGAAGUUUUAAAAUCAGUGGUUGCCAAGUACAAUGCAUCACAACUAAUUACACAAAGACAGCAGGUUUCUCUGCUUAUUAGAAAACAACUUGUUGAUCGAGCUCGUGAUUUCAAUAUUAUUUUAGAUGAUGUUUCUAUUACUGAACUUAGUUUUGGUAAAGAGUAUACUGCAGCUGUUGAGGCAAAACAAGUAGCACAUCAAGAAGCGCAGCGUGCUGUGUUCUUUGUUGAAAGAGCCAAGCAAGAACGUCAACAAAAGAUUUUACAAGCCGAGGGGGAAGCCGAAGCAGCAAAAAUGUUAGGAGAAGCUGUCGGUAGAAAUCCUGGUUAUUUAAAACUUCGUAAGAUUAGGGCAGCACAAAAUAUUUCCAGAACGAUUGCCACUUCACAAAACAAAGUUUUCCUCAGUGGAAAUGGCCUCAUGUUGAACAUAAGUGAUCCUUCAUUUGAUGAACAAAGUGACAAAUUGAAAAGCGGAUCAUAUAACAUAGUAUCAAAUUAUGAGACAAAAAUUAAAGUUCAAUCCGAUCAAAGUGUUGGUAGUAUUGCAAACAAAACUGUAACCAACUUAAUUAAACCGAAUAAACAAUAAUAAAGAUGAAUUUUAUUAUCACUCUUUA